AUUCAUGAUCGCGCGUCUGCCACUUUUACUAGACCACCGCCCAACCGACAUCUUCUUCUUCACACAACGUGCAAAUCCCCUUCCCUCGUGUGCACGUCGACGCAUGUCGUGACUGUUUGUUUGGGCCCAAGUCCGCUCGAACCGCUUGUGUCGACUUUGCCGGCAAGAUCUGGCCCAUCGAGCGUUAAUUCCUGCGUUGACCACGGUACCGAUCGGUUGUGAUCAGCGCGAACUCCCAGCAAGUUUGCUCCCGAGUUUGCCCGCCGUACCUUGCGACGGCCGCGGUGCAAAAGUGACCCUCGAACAGCGUGUGUGUGUGUGUGUGCUCGUGUGUGUGUUGCGUUGAAAGUUUAGUUUGUCACAGAGCAGUGCUACGUAACGUGUGGCUCUGGUGAUCUUUUAAGACGCGCACCACUUUCGAGGCGUCAUCGAGGCCACUGGACACCAUUCCUGGCAAGGAUUACGCGUGACAGCAGCUACCCCAGGUUAAAAUCUUUCGAGCGAAAAAAAACCGCACAACCGACAGCGCAAUGGAUAGCGACACGUCGGUCUACAGCAACUGUGCCAGCCCGGCCAGCUACCAGCAGUACACCUGGACGCUAACGGACAAGCUGCGUAAGACGGCCAAAUCGGAGCUGCGCGAGGACGAACAUCUGCGAACGCAAGGGUUGGCGCAGAUGCGAGAGUUCAUCGCCAAGAGUCCGCACAUCAAGCGUUGCCGCACCGACGCACUGUUUCUGCUCCGGUUUCUCCGCACCAAGAAGUACUCGAUCCCGCAGGCGUGCGCCAUGCUGGAGAAGUAUCUAACGGUGCGCCAGGCCAACCCGGCCUGGUUCCAUCGAUUGGACAUUGAGGAUCCGGAAAUUGAGGCGAUCAUCGACGGAGGGUACAUUGUGCCGCUGCCCGAGCGUGAUGAUCAUGGACGGCAGGUGAUACUGUCGGUGGCGGGAAAUCUUGAUCUGAGCCGCGUGUCUUCGGCCCUGCUGGCGAGGGUUCACUUCCUCGUGCAGGAGGUGCUGGCCGAUGACGAGCAGUCGCAGAUCUGUGGCUAUGUGCACUGUGUGGACGAGCGCGAGCUGUCGAUGAAGCUGAUGGGCAUGUGGUCGCUGGUGGACAUCAAGAAGGUGGCUGACUGCAUACAGAACGGUCUGCCCAAUCGUAUCAAUGGAUUUAAUCUGAUCGGUCUACCGUCGACGGCUGCCACGCUGCUCGAGUUCUGCGUAUCGCUGCUGAGUGAUAAGCUGCGCAAGCGAAUCAACCUGUUCCGCACCGUGGAGGACUUUGCCGGAAAGAUAAAUCGCAAGAUUCUACCCAAGGAGUACGGUGGCACCGUGCCGAUGGCGGACAUGAUCGCACAGUUUAAGGAACGCUGCCGUCGAAAGCGUGCCCAGCUGCUGGCAAUGGAUGAUAUGUGCAUCGAGCUGUCAAAGGUCCCGGGACACUGUGCGGACUCGUGCCGUCGGGAUCUGGAGGCUGGGAUGAUCGGAAGCUUCCGUAAGCUGGAGGUCGAUUAGGCGAACGUCGACGACGUGGCUUUAGGUUCUAAGAAGAAUGUAUUAUAUUUCCCCAUUGCUACAUCUAUGCUUGUACUAGAGGAUAAGACAAAACAGACACAUGAUCGAUAUGGGUACACUAUGGGUGGUAUAUAUAUAUAUGGACGGACAGACGAUACAUAUCUAAACGCGUGAAUUAAUGAAUUGCUUCAGAUUUGAUUAUUCGACUCGUGCAUCACCCUACUACCGGACGUCCUUAAGCGACGGGUUCGGCGUGCGAUCUCUGGGAAGGGAGAUGUUACGCAAACCAGGCACCAGCAAAAGGAACUCACUAGCGAAACCGCUUCAGUACUGCACUCCAAUUUCCGCACUUUACUCCAACUCUAAAACUGUGAUUUUGUUUUAUUAUUUCACGUUCGCGUUAAGCGAUCAUUUGCUGCGUGUUGUCCAAUCGUUCGCAUCGGGUCGGUUUGCGGGACACAUCGUUUUUUGUCACAUGCAACGGCUUCAAAGACUCGCGAGCCGCUGCUAGUUUGAUGGCGAUUGCGUAACGGCGCAACAAUCCUAAUUGCUAUCAACGGAGCACGCGUAAUUGUGGUGCAGCGGGACAGAAAGAUGUACGUUACAUUAAAUCAUAAUCGAACUACGAAUAAAGUGGAUGGUGAACAAGAAAAAGAAACAACACUAACCCAACA